AUGUGCCUAAAAUAUUCCUUCAACAUUUUUCAACUUCUUCACUUUCCUCUUGUUAGCCCUCUGGUCGCUCUCGCUCCUGUACCUGCUGCACAUCGCCGUCGUCCGCCUCGACGUCCUGAGGAUACGCUCCCACCUGAGAUCACCCUCAAGCCACCGCAUCGCCGCGCAGUCGCUACUCGCCGCCGCACGCGUCAGGGCACUCGCCAACGUCAAGUACUUCUCACCAUAAUCGUGCCUUCACUACUCACUCACCCACCCACUCACUCAACCACUCAACCACCCACUCACCCACUCAACCACUCAACCACUCACUCAACCACCCACUCACUCACCCACUCACCCACCCACUCAACCACCCACCCACUCAACCACUCAACCACCCAACCACCCACUCAACCACCCACUCAACCACUCACUCAACCACUCACUCAGUCACCUAAUCACCCAACCACUCAACCACCCACUCAACCACUCAACCACCCACCCACCACUCACCAACCACCCACCACCCACUCACCUAACCACCCACUCAACCACUCACUCAACCACUCAACCACUCACUCACUCAACCACUCAACCACUCAUCCGCUCACUCACCUCCUUCACUGGUCGCUUCGCUCCCUCCAUCACCCCUCCAUCACCUCCUCCGAUGCUAGAGAAAAAGCCUUGGAUGAUAUUGAUGAGAGACGCAUCUCUCUUGGUCAGCUUGCCGGACAGCUUUCGGAUUUUAUUGGCGGUGGAGAUGAAGUUAAAGAUGCAUUGUUGAAUGGUUUGCACAGUAAUGUAAACCAGCUUGUUGGGCUUUUAAAUAAAUCUUGCGGAGGUGAGGGGUGUUGUAAGGAUGUUAAGAAUUUCCGUGAUGGACAUCUUAAAAAACUUCAAAAGACAUUUAAUGACAUUGAUGAAAUUGAGAGAGAAAUUAAUGGCCUUAAAAAGCAAAAAGAUAUUGCUGAAAAAAGGAAGGCGCCUGAGAAGGCGCCGUCCGUCGGUGAGUCUGAGAUUGAGAGGCAAAUUGAAGAAAAAAAUAAGGAACUUGAAAAGCAAAAAAGUCUUGUUGAAAAGCAAAUUAAUGCGCUUCAAAAUGCUUUAAAUCAGCCUAAAAUGAAAAUUCAGAAUACAAUUGACAGCCUUACUGCACAAAUUGCUGAGCUUCAAAAGAAAAUUGAUGCGCAUAAAAAGGCGGAAAAGGCCUCUAAAAAAGACGAUAAAAAUAUCUCCAUUCCCUAUGAUCUUUCCAAUUCUCUUGCAACUGCGCAGGCUAAAUUGCAGUCUCAUAAUGCUUCGUUGAAUUCGCUUGAAAGUCUUGAAAAGCUUAUUACAUUUCAUCAGAGUGUUAAAAACAUUCAAGAUGGCAAAUGUAAAGAUAUUUUGAACAAUUUGUGCUCCGGCUUGGAGAAGUUCCUUGGUUACCAAGAAACUUCCAAAGGCUACGACGGCUCCGGCAUCGUGUACUCGGACCUUGACAGGCUGUGCGACGGGGUGAUGGCAUUCUUGCACUCAGUGCUUAAAGAUGUCCAUGAUAAACAGCCUUACAUCGUUGGUAAAGAAGGCUUAAAUGAGAAUGUUGUUAAGCAUUUGAAAGAUAAUUUGUGUUCAGGUCAUGAUGGUUUUAAGAGUGUCAUUGGCCAGGUGGCCGAGGGUGUCGGGAGGUAUAAUAGGGAAGUGGAGAGUUCUAAUAGGGAAGUCUCUGCUCCAAUAAUCAAGCUUUACAAGGAGAUGGAAGACCUAAAAAAUCAGGUGAGUGAUUCAAAUAAAACUAAUGGUUUGCAGGUGACGGACACAUCUUCAUAUCAAGAUGUCGAGGCGGCAGUGACCAAGGCUGGAAGCUUGGUGGACGAGUGUCUUAGCCAUGCCGAUAAUUUCGAAAACGAAAUUGGCAAAGUACGUAGCGAAACUAAUGAUUUUAAUUCUAUACUUAAAACCGAUGUUCUUAGAUAUGUGAAUAGUGUUACAUAUGCUGCUAGUGUGCUUAAGAAGUGCUCCACCAAAGAGUGGAGGGACAAGGUGAACAUGGAAAAUGCAAUUAAGAAGGUACUUGAGAGUCUUAAAACUGACGUUAACACAGAUAUUAAAAAGAAAGUCACGGCUUUAGUUGAGCAGCUGAGAACAUGGGUCGCCGAGAUUUUAAGAAAGCUUAGGGAAAUUGAUGGUAUGCUUAAGGAGUACGUUAAGAGCUUGGCAGGAUGGAUCAAUGAUACAAAAGACUUCAUUGAUGAAGUGAGGAAAGCGCAUGUUGCGAAGAUUGAAAAAAAUGAAGUUGGCAUCAAAAAUAGGGAAUUGAUCAAGAAUCUUAGCACCGUGGUAACGCAUAAGGCAGAGGAGAUCAUGAACGGAUUUGAUGCUGCGGAGAAGCACGUCAAGAAGCAAGUGACGCACGCACUGAAUGCCGUUAAGGCCAUGGACCAAAGCCUUAAAACGGAUUUGUUUGAAGUGAAGAAUAAGAUUAAGGAAGGGAUAACGGCGUUAGUUAAAAAGGCGCGCAUGGAGUUUGAAACAAUUAAGAACAGUGUUCAAAAAGGAACUGGUGAACAAGGCGUAACUGAUAUGAGUAUUGAUAAAAAGUGGGAAGAGUUUCAGAAGAAGAUUAAAGAGAUUGCGAAAGAUAUAUACGAUGAGGAAGGAGGUCCUGGGAAACUAGGUCACCUAGGUUUCAUUGCGCAAGGGGUUAGAGAAUAUGCUGCAAUGUUUGCCACAGCAGGACAAUUCUGGAAUACGGUUUUGCCGGGGUGGUUGACGGAAGUCUAUUCGAAGGAAACGGUUAAAAGACCCAUUCAGACGUAUGCAUUGUCUAUUCAGAAGCCUGAAGCUCAAGUGAAAGCAGCCAUACAACAUCACAUUACAUCACUGGCAAACAAAGGUUCUAAAACAGCCAAAUUCACGGAAAAUGUGAAGGACAACUUGAAAAAUAUUCAGCAGUUUUUUACGGAAUUCGCUAGUGCAGUCGACUCGACUAGGCCUGCUGAUAUGAUGUGGGCCAUACAGACGCAUCUACGGUUGCGGAGUCUCCACCGUAACCUCUCACCUACGGACGACGAUCUUCAAGCUGCUCUGACAACCAUCCUCACCUCAGUGCAGUUGGCGGCAAAGGGCGCAGCCGACGAACUCCAGGAUUUCAUCCAGACAUCGAACAUAGACAAGUUUAAAGAGGCUAUAGAGAAGGUCAAGGAACUUAACAGAACUGUUAACAUCAACGGCAAUAUGAUUAGUGUGGCAGUGCAGUCCAUGACACAACCGAUUACUGCGCUUGACACCGCCCUGAAAACCGCAGACUUUGACGGCAAAAUUAAUUCCCAGUUGCCGGACGUCCAGGUCAGUGAAGGUAGUCAGGAAAGUAAGUCACAAGUAUACCUUACUAAUCUCCGUACAUAUAUCACCCACGUUAAAUAUGACGCAUUUUCUAGUCACCCAACCGGCAAUGUUCCCGACGCUAUUGCCGAAAUCGGAAACCACGGCCUUGAUACUCUAAAAGGUAUUAUAGAUACAAAAGCUAAGGCAGGCGAUGCAGACGAAAAAGGCGAGCUGUAUAAGUUGUCUGAGCAAAUCACGCAAAACCUUACCGAGUUAAUGAAUGAGAUUUCCAACAUUGGCAAAGGCCUCGAAUGGAAUCUUAUGAAUAUAAAAGAUGAUCGAAUUGGCGCAUUGCUUAAUGAAAUUAGGCAGAACCUUGAUGGUCUCCGAAACGUCCAGUUGGCCAAUGUCAUCGCAGACGCUGAAGCCUUCGACGGAUUUGCAGAUGCAUUGUGCAACAUGACUAUAAAAAAUCUUGAAAUUAAUGUAAACAAUUACAUCGAACAUGCCAUCUCCACCCUCACCACCCGCGCCCGCCGCAACUACGUCACCUCCGUCAAGGGGCUUUUAAAGUCCUUCGCUGCGAAAGUCACGCAGGAGCUGGAGCCUUUGCCCGCACAGAUCGACGAGGAUCUGCGCAUAGGAUUCAAGGGGUUUAUGAAGACGCUGGAGGAUGGGACAACUGAAGCUAAAAAGAACACCGGAGCACAGCCGCAACAGCUUCAAGCUUCCGGUAGUGCAUCUGCUGCAGAUCAGCCAAGUACACUUGAAGAAUUUAAAACAGUUAUAUCUGGACUGUGUUCGUCAGGUAAGCCUAAAACAGACGAUUUAAAAACCUUGGCAGAUGCCUUCAAAAAAUUCUGGUGUCCAGUCGCAGUGUUUGUGAACAAAGAAAUCAUCGGCGUUAAAAGAGACGAUAAGGAGAAGAAAGAUUUUGUCGGCACACAUGUAAAAGAAUAUUCACGUCAGCUCAUUAAAGUUUACGACUCAUUCAAUGAGUUACUUGCCUACCUUAAUCACAAUAAUAGGUAUGACCAUGAGCUUCAUGGCCUUCUUGACAACGUUAAUAAAUUAAUUGCCGUCUUAAAACCGGAUGGAUUUGCCAAAAUUACCACUCCCAUCCUCGACGCCCUCAAGGCCGGCAUGGACAAAUUCACAAAGGAGCUCGGACACGCGUACGUCAACGCUUAUAGCGGUCAAAAACGUACAGAUGACUGGGUGAAAGAGGAAACAAAAAUGGUGGACGAUCAACCACAAAAAAUUACAGUCCUUUCCACCGAGGGCCGCAACUGCGCCAAGGUCUGCCUGACGAUAAUGGAGAGGGUGAGUUAUGACUUUAGCAAGUUGAGAAAAGCAUGUAAAAAUGGCGGUGGAUGCGAAAACCAUAAGAUUAUUCUAGGUAACGAGUUCGGAAGAUUUUUCAAGAAGCAUGGAUUUGAGGUGUCCAAGGAUGACAAGACGCAAGACGGCGAGUUGAAGAGGGACAAGACAGGCAAGAAAAUGUAUGGUCUUCUUGUUAGCAAUACUGGCGAAAAUCACGUCUACAAGGAAGAGGCUGCCGAAAAAGAUACUGGUCCAAUGAGAGCUUUACACAAGCACCUCCGUGAUUAUUAUCGUGUCUGCCAGCUCCGCCAUAUCCCGAAUGCCCGGGCACCGAGCACUGUAAACCAGAUGCUCAACUGGCUUGGUGGCCUGCGAUAUAAUCCUAUGCUUGCCAAACUGGAAGGGCAAUUUAAGGAGCUGUUCGACAAGCCUGACGGAAAAGAAGAAAAAGAUUACAAGGACAUUGACGCAAAGGAACAUAAACUCCCUGCCACCGCACCAUUUAGCCGUGAUACCACGACAACAAUUACAGCUAAACAACUACAUGAAACCCUUGACACUGUCUGCUUCCUCUCCGAAAAAAUGCUUAUCGCAUUUCUAGGUCACGGCCACGAAGGUGGCCGGUAUGCUUGUGAAUUUAACACAAACUCAGAUAAUUUAUUAUAUCCCAACGGUGCUAGUGUUUGCCUCGACAUGCUUACAGAUAUUCUGAAUAGAGUGUUUUAUCAAUUGCGCUUCUUAUUUAGCCAGUGUAACAAUUACACGUCUAGCUCCGGCUGGCGUGAUUGCUGGUACGGCCGUGGAGUAGGUGGUUCGGAAUGGAACUGCAACGCCCUGCAAUGUCCAAAUCAACAAGAUGACCAAAUAGAUAACCAAACACAUAAGCAAACAUGUAACCAACACCCUAAGUGCGGACUAAAAUCGCCACUCCAAUCCUUCUUAGAAGAUGGUUUGCAGGGUUUCCUACCGCAUACAUUUACUUCUCCGGGUUGCAAGUUAACCUGUACAGUGUCCAACCACUUUGGAAAGCCGUGUCUCACUCCCAUGGGCUUCGCCGAUAUUGGAGUGGCUGCUUCGCAUACCAAGGAUGGCGAAUAUCUCAGGAAAGCACUUGAAGGUUUCUGCCGUCCUGGUUCUGACCUUCAUAAACUGUGUAGCCAACUCAACUGCCUGACUCGUCGAACACCGCAAACGCUAGGUGAUAUGUUUGGUUUCUACUACAAUUUCCUUGGGAAUUUCAAAAAUAAACCGCAUAAGGAAAUCGCAUUUGACAAGGCGGUGAAGGAAGCCAAUUUCGGUCAGGUGUAUAAAGAUCUCAAGGUCACAUCCAUACAAAACAGUAGUACCCACACCAGCCAUUCAACCGACAAGAAGAACAUUGCCCAUCUCACUGGUGAUCUCUUCUCACUUGUUGAAUGCAAGGGUGAGAAUAAUUCUCCAGCCCACCCAUGCGGUCCAUAUUUGGGGUCAAUUACUAAUGACGUUUGUGAUAUAUUCUCCGAAAAGCACGCUGAUAACUAUCUCUCUUGGAUAGUAUAUAUUACCGAAAGGUUUUAUGAUUUACUUAAGCAAUUAUACGAGGACUGCAGUAGUAAGUGUGGCGGCGAUAAUCCGAAGUGUCGUACUGCGAAGUGCGCCGACGAUUGCACGGCAAAGAAUUUGCCGAUGUCUGAACUAGGCAAACAUCAUAGUACAUGUAGUUCAAUUGUCAAGUGCCCGGAUACACUACCGAAUUUGUAUAAAUACGGCUUCACUUUUGGAAGUCCAUCGUCGCUAUGUGGUGAAAAAUCUGAAGCAACGAAGCGCACGUGUCACGAUUUCUGUAAUACAUUGCAAAUAGUUGUGAAAGAAAAGAACUUACUACAUAAAUUGGCUCAUGAUAUUAUUCCACAAUUUUUAUUUGAUAUAAGGGCCAAAUUCAUCUGGACGCUUGUAGCCCUCUGGUCGCUCUCUUUGCUCUACCUGCUGCACAUCACCGUCGUCCGCCUCGACGUCCUGAGGAUACGCUCACACCUGAGAUCACCCUCAAGCCACCGCAUCGCCGCGCAGUCCCUCCUCGCAGCCGCACGCGUCAAGGCACUCGCCAGCGUCAAGUACUUCUCACCAUAA